UCCGGGAGCGCGUAAAUUUGUAAACAUUUCCGCACUAAAAUGAAUCCACCGCCUGCCCGGGGGCGCGCCCCCUCGCGAUUCGUGCGUGGGCGUGGUCGCGGGGGCAGGGGCUACCGCCCGUAUUUCUAUUUCCGGCGCAAUGGGCGCGUAAUCCCUGCCCGCGGCACUCGGCAACCAAAUCAGGAACAAUCGCAAGCACCAGGCGCUCCAAGUGAGGAUCCGCCGGCAAACCGACAACCCAGAGGCUGGAACCGCCCAGCUAGCAAGCGAGGUCGUGAUGCCCACAUGGACUGCAGCUUCCUGCGGCCUGAGAACUACGCCGCUCCGGAGGAUGGCCUCCAGGUGCAGAGCAUCGCGGUGGACAAUCCGCGGGCCUAUUCUGGCUGGCGGCUGUACUUCCUGCGCGAGAACUACGAGGAGGGCAAUGAGCUGGCCAGAAGGGUCAUGGCCGUGGAGGCUCACUUCCAGCGUAAUCCACAGAAGUACGAUUACGUAGGGACAAAAAAUCGGGGCUUCUUUCCAAUGUCCGCCAUUGACAUUCUCAACGAUGCGCAGCUAAAGGAGGUCUGGCCUGGUCUGGCCGAGGACAUCCGAGAGCACCCGCUCCGCACGCUGUCCACGCUCUCGCUGGCCAUGCACACGGUGGUGGUGAACCAUCUGCUGGACCUGAAUGACACCACAUUUAUUAAAGUCUCCACCCCGGAACAGUACAUUCCACCCGCCACGCGUCUACGCAAGAUCUACGUCCGACCAGAGGGCUUUGUGACCGUGGAAUCGAUGGAAGGGAUCAGUCACUCCCGCGUGGACACCCUCUUCGCCGUCCGGGGCACCGUGAGCAGCGUGGGGGAGCCCAGCUACAGCCUCACCUGGCAGGCGUUCCGCUGCAGCCGCUGCCAGAUGGAGAUGGCCAUGCGACAGCGUGGAACCUUCCAGCCACGUCCAUACCAAUGCAAGCGAUCCGAGUGCGUGGCUCGCGAUGAGUUCCUGCCACUCCGCAACUCCCCGUACACUAGGCUUUCCAUUAGGCAGAUCAUCCGCCUGGAGGAGUCCAGCCUGGCACAGGUCCAUGACUUCGAGAGCUGUCUGCCCGGGGAGAUGGACGUGGAGCUGCGUCACGAUUUGGUAGACUCGGUGCGAGUGGGCCAGGAGGUGGUGGUAACUGGAGUACUCAAGCUGCAGGAACUGGGCGAGGAUGCCUCUACAGGGGGUGCCCCCAACCAGAUGCAAGCCUAUCUCAAGGCGGUGAGCAUCCGAGAUGCGGCCAGCGUCAAGCGUGAGUUCAGCGAUCGUGACUUGGAGGCCUUUGCCAUGAUCAAUGCGGAUGAAAAUAGCUUCAAGCUUCUGGUGCAGUCCAUUGCCCCGGAAGUGUACGGUCACGAGCUGCCCAAGGCCGCCUGUCUGCUAUCCCUGCUCGGAGGCAGAGGAGCCGAGGCAGAAGCCAUCAAUGUGCUCCUGGUGGGCGAUCCCGGCAUCGGCAAGACUAAGAUCCUGCAGAGCUGCGCACAGAUCACAGAGCGCGGUGCGCACGUGAGUGGUAAACGUGGGGCUCAAUCCGCCCAGCAUCUGGGUGUGACCUUUGCUGGCAGGAACAAGCGAGUCCUGCAGGCGGGCGCCCUGGUGGCGGCCAGUGGAGGCGGCCACUGCACCCUGGACGAUGUGGACAAACUCUCCUCCAAGCAGGCCAUACUGCUGCAGUGCCUACAAUCGGGACAUGUGAAUCUUCCGCUACCGGGAGCCUUUGCCUCUUUUCCGGCCCAACCAUCGGUGAUUGGUUGCGCAAAUCCCCAACGAGGACAGUACGAUGAGGGGCGCUAUCUGCUGCAGAAUAUCAACAUUACGCCGACUUUGCUGCGGGAGUUUCACCUGGUCUAUGUGCUGCUCGAUAAGCCCUCCGAACGGGACAUGUCCCUCUCCGCUCAUGUGAGGGCACUCCAUGCUGGGGCCAAAAAGCGGGAAAAGAUCGCAGCCCGGUAUGCUUCAAAGCCGAAGAUGAGUGACUCCAUGGCCGAGGCCACCUUUCGUGUGCAAGCGGCGGCGGGAACAGAGGAUGACACAAUGAAGAGUGAUGUCGACAACGACAGCAUCAUGCAGCAGGACUACGAUCUGGACAAGCGGCUGGAGCUGCUGCCCGAGGAGGGGGACUUGGAUCUGCUGCCACCCAUUCUGAUCAAGAAGUUCUUGGCCUACGCCCGCCAGGAAGUGAGUCCGCUUCUGAACGAGGAUGCUGGCAAUGACAUUCUCAGAUUCUUCCACGAGCUCCAGAGCAGCAGCGCCCAGGAUGAAGGCGACUCCACUCAGAUGGAAGCGGGGCAACUCCUUGGGCUGAUUCACCUGUCCCAGGCACGUGCCCGCCUGGAUCUUUCCCACGUGGUCAGUCGUCAGCACGUGCGCGAUGUGAUCGCCCUGCUGACCGAGAGUAUUACCCAGACCAGUCUUAAGGCGGACAGCGGUGGAACAUCUGGAGCUCGAGGAGGAGGCGGCGGAAAGAGUGCCCAACUGCGCAAUUUUGUCCAGUUAAUGCAAAAACGUUCUGCCGCAUUGGGAAGGCGCAUCUUUGAGUACGAUGAGCUGAAGGAGAUCGGAUCGAGGGCUGGUAUCUUGACCGGCAUCAACCAGGUGGUGGAAAUGGCCAACUUGGGCGGCUAUUUGCUCAUGAAGGGCGCAAAUAUGUACGAAGUGGUUCCGGACUGAGGAAAUGACAAAUGAAUAAGUCAAUAUUUGACUUGCGUCUAUAGUUUUCAGUCCUGUUAUCUAAUUGUUAAGUGGUUGUUAAGAUGAGCCAAAAUGUCUAGCUGUAAAUUACAAAUAACUUUUACGGAAAACAUUGUCUAGGUCGAAAUUUCUAUACUGCAAUUGAAAUUGUAAGAAUUUAAUAUAUCAAUAAUAACAAACAAAUUGUGUCACUUA